GAAGAUUACAGAGGUUUGGUCAGGAGAACCAGGAGCGGGGCAGUCUGCCAGCACUGGUCUUCACAGAGGCCCAACAGGCACAAGUUCAGCCCUGACAACUAUCCUCUCUCAGGAUUGAUCCAGAACUUUUGCCGGAACCCAUCGGACGAUGCCGCGCCGUGGUGCUACAACGGAGAGAAACGA